UUGACCAUAGAGGUUAUAAACAACGGACAAUUACACAAAAUGCUGCUAAAAUCGAGGAUAAAACUCUGCCCAAAGAUUCUGGAACACCGCCGCUUCCUGGUAACGAGUCCACCUGCAAGUCAGUCCUUCAGAAAAUGGUACCAACAGCUGUGGACCACGGAGCGCACCAACCUGCCGCCUUAUAACCACUUUACCCAGAUUGGAGACCCAGUUUUAAGGCAACAGGCUGCUUUGGUACCCGAGGAACACAUAAAAAGCCCCGAAAUCGAGGCGAUUGUGGAGCAGAUGGUCAGGGUGCUGAGGAAGUUUGACUGCGUAGGCAUUGCGGCGCCCCAGAUUGGAGUUUCCCUUAGGAUUAUAGCCAUAGAGUUCAAGGGAAGCAUUCGAAAGGACUUGCCUGAGGUGGUUUACCAGACGCGGCAAAUGUCCGAAUUGCCCCUAACUGUAUAUAUCAAUCCUGUGCUGACGGUGACCAACUAUACCAAACUUAAACAUCCUGAAGGCUGCAUGAGUGUGCGAGGAUACUCCGCUGAAGUGGAGCGUUUCGAAGGUAUAAAACUCUCUGGCAUAAAUCAACAAGGAGCGAAAAGCGAACUGGCCCUGAGUGGCUGGAAUGCCAGGAUAGCCCAGCACGAAAUGGAUCAUUUGGAGGGAAAACUAUACACUGACCACAUGGAUCGCUCCACCUUUUCGUGCACCUGCUGGGAAGCAGUCAACACAAAAUCCGGACGCGUGGAGAUACCCUUCUACAAGUAAUUAAGUCGCAGGAGACAGUUUGGCUUUUUAUGUUUAUUAUAGAUUGUCUGUACUAACCUGGCUUCACAUUAAUGCCGCAAUCGAUGACCACAGCACCCGGCUUUAUCCA